CGCCGAGUGGUUUAGGUCGAGCGUGAAUGUGUUUUAAGCCGGUUGCUCGAUACUCGUAAUAGUAGGCGCUUGUCAGACAGCACAUAUUUAGAGCAAUGACCCUUAGAUUCGACGAGAACAAGGCACCCUACAUUGAUUUAGGGAAGGAUGUUCGUCUGGCGUUGGAUUUUACCGAGUACAGUGAUAAGCAAUCGCUAGAAAAGGCUCAGAAUGAGCUCCGUGAAACUCCGGAAACCAUCGAGAGUGCACUGCAGGAGCUGAGAGAGCUAUUAAACAAUGAUAAAGAUAUCAACGUUCCCAACAACAAUGAUGCAUUCCUUAAGAAGUUUCUUCGACCUCGGAAAUAUUACCCUGAAAGUGCCUACGAGCUGAUGAAAAACUAUCAUAAAAUGAAAGCCAAAAAGGACUUUGUUCUGGACAACAUUUCAACCGAAGCCAUCAGAGUGGCCCUGGAGGAACGUGUAGUGCAAUUACUACCAAACCGUGACUCUCAUGGAAGAAGGAUCAUCUUCCUGGAGAUGGGUGGAAAAUGGGACUGUUCAAAAGUUCCAUACCCGGAGUUUGUUCGGGCUGCCCAUGCCCUCCUGACCAUCAUAUCGCUGGAACCGCUUACCCAACUGAACGGUUUGAUCUACAUCGUCAACUUCGACCAGAUGAAACUCUCCCAGCUGGGGCAGUUCUCGCCGAAGUUUGUGAAACAUAGUCUCGACUAUGGACAGAAGUGCGCCUCGGUGCGCGUGAAAGCGAUCCAUCUCAUCAACAAUGCCAAGGUGUUCGAUCUGAUGUUCAUGAUCUUCAAACCGUUUAUCGGUAAAAAGUGGAGCCAACGGAUAUUUUUCCAUGGAAACAAUAUGGCAGCUCUGCAAAAGCAUGUCGAUCCAAGUUGCUUGCCUACUUGGAUGGAAGGAACCUGUCAGUAUCCUGAGUUGGAUGGAAAAGUUAUGGUUGAAUUUCUAGAAAACUAUCAAGAUAAAUAUGAUGAGCUCAACUCCUACGGAUACUCGCAAAAGUCUUGAAGCUGGAUUAGAUGAGACAUCUACCUACCACUACCGUUUCUUUUAGAUAACGAAUUAUUUUAAAAUUGAAGGAAUGAGAUGACAUUUUUAAGUUGCAGUUUAUUUAAUUCAGCUUAAUAUGCGAUUAUGGCCAAACUACUUAUAGGCUGUAGCAUUAGAAUGGAUUCCAAUAAUAAUAAAAUUUUAAUAUUUAUGAAUUGUUAGGCCGGGCAGCCCAU